AUGGCGUUAUGGACGAAAUACUCGGCCGACGCGUAUCGCAGCUCAUCCUUCGCCACAGAAUCUGGAAUUGCGGUCGAAAUCCACUUCUUUGACCUGAGCUUAGGAUUGGGAACACAUUUCCUGAUCUCGUCGGUCAUCUUCUGGGCACAAACAACGCUAACCCCCGGCGGACACAACUUCUUGGCCUCAUUCCAAGACAUGCCGACGACAGCCAUCAGCCCUUUUGGUAUUUUCUUAUCGCUUUCGGUUACGUAUCCUCUGAUUGACGAGAAGCGCCUCUUUUGUGGUGAGCCCUCCGUCCGCAUAAGCGGCCGCUAUUUCGCCAAAAGAGUGGCCAAUAAUGCCAUGAUGGUUCCGGUGAUGAUAAAGUCGUUGAAAUGCAAUCCCAAAGUGCUCUACGAAGCGCUCACUAAGAAUAAAGUGGUCGAAGAGGAAGGGAAGCGAGGCAUUGAGGAGAAGAUCGCCACAGGUUUGGAGCAAAACACGAUGGAGACCACCGAUGAGGGACUCCUCGAAGCCAACGAUUCUCAGCAACUGUUGGAAGAGUUCGCCGAACAGAAGUUUCACGUCUAUAAGUCUGUUCUGCCAUUUCAUGUGGACAUGAAUUCCCGAAUGAUUGUCACCCAUGGGGUGGAGAUCGAGGACCUGAUGGCACUUCCUAUUCCUCGUCGGUCUAAUAUAUUGGACUUAAAGCUGGAGUCGUAUCAGUUCGUCGCCAACGAUGAACAUAACGCUAUCGAGUCUUACGAUCGAAAUAAAAUUGAAGAGUAUUUAAAGGUUUGCGCUAAAUUGUCACAUAAAGAUGCGAACGAUAACGUGGAUAAAAAACUGGCCGUUUCUAAGGCUAACGCUUUUGUUUGCGAUAUCAAGAAUAGACCAGAAUUUGAUAUGAGUUUAGAUGUGAUAAAUCAGGUCUCAAAGAACGAGCACUUGAUUCGCUCUCUUCUGGAUAUUGUCAACUACCGGUCUCUAGUGGACAAUCAUUUGGCUUCGGCUGCUAUUUAUCCAAUUGAUGUCAACUAUACUAUUGCUCUCAAAUCUAUAGAUGACAUUCACGACGACUUUAAGAAACAAUCGUUUGAAUUGAAUGAAUGGAAUCACAAGACGUGUGUCUUUCCAUCAGACAUAUCGCCCAAAGACUUAAUUAUCAUUAAUGAUUCCCAAGACUUAUAUGAUAUCAAACUCGAAGAUCACAUCCAAGAAGUGUACGACUGUCUGACAGACAACGGAUUCUUAAUUUCUAUUUUCCGCACAAAACUCACUGAACCGGAAAUGACUUUACAUUCAAUGAACGGUAAAAAGUAUUUACAAAACCAGGACUUAGAGAAAAGAGUCACCGAUUUCUCAAUAACCGCCAAAAAUACUGGUUUAACGCUAAUUAGCAGUAAAUUUGAUUCAAUUGGUUCAAUGGCUUUGCUAUUUAGAAAAGCGUUCACUAAACCAAUCGCCCCGACGGUCGACCAGAUUAUUACCAUUAAUUCCGAUCACAAGAAUUGGUUUGAUUUACUUAAAGACAAAUUGAAGGCAAAUAACGAAAACGAAGAAAAUAAAGAUAAAAUAUGGCUCAUUGCCAGUGAUUCUGGCAGUAAUGGUAUCAUUGGUCUCAUUAAUUGUCUGCGUUUAGAGCCGGGAGGAGAGAGCAUUCGGUGCCUCUACGACGCCGACCGUCUCCUAACACUUCCCAUUGACUUCAAGAGCAAACCCUUCGCUGAUAUCGUGUCAAACGAUUUGGCCGUAAAUGUAGUGAAGAACGGAAAGGUCGGCACUUAUAGACACUUUACUUUACCAAAAGAUUACGACAAAACCGAGUCGAGUGACUAUUUCCUAAAUGUGGGUCACAAUAGAGAUCUUUCGAGUUUGCAAUGGUUUGACUCCAAUAAUAUCGUACCGAAGACUCAAUUUUUUGACAUCUCAAACAAUGCGGUCAAACAAAUCCAUUGCGAUGUCUAUACGUCUGGUAUUAAUUUUCGCGAUGUUAUGUUCGCAACAGGACGGAUCGCUUCGGGACCGCAACUCUUGUUCACCGAUUGUUUGAUUGGCUUAGAGUUUGCCGGAAGAAGAAGUGAUACGGGAGAGAGGGUUUGCGGCUUUGAUAUGAGCCGCUGUUUCGCCACAUCUAUCAACGCUAAUGAGGGACUCAUAACAGCCAUUCCCGACCACUGGUCUAUGGAGGACGCGGUCACUAUUCUGUGCACUUAUAGCACUGUAUGGUAUGGUUUGAUCGAAAGGGCGUUAUUGAAGAAAAAUGAAAGUAUUCUCAUUCAUUCGGGCGCCGGCGGUGUGGGUCAGGCGGCCAUCAGAGUCUGUCAGUUCUAUGACUGCGAUAUCUUCGUUACGGUCGGCACUGAAGACAAGAAACAGUUUUUGAUGAAUGAAUACAAUAUUCCGGAGAACAGAAUAUUCAGUUCGAGAGAUAUUCAGUUUAAAUACAAAAUUAAAUCCUUGACGAAAGGGAAAGGCGUUAAUUUGGUUCUCAACUCUCUGACCGGCGAUAAAUUGGACGCCAGUUAUGAAUGCGUUGCCGAUUGCGGGAGAUUUGUAGAGAUCGGCAAAUAUGACCUCCAAAUGAACAAACAGUUGGGAAUGUUUUCAUUCCUCAGAGAUAUCUCAUUCAUCGGCGUAUCAGUCGAUAGGAAACUGUACUUUGAAAACGGAUUUGUAGAUAGAUUUUAUAAAUGGAUGCACGAGAACUGUGACAACGGAAUGAUUACACCAAUCAAUAGAACCGUCUUUAAGGCCGAAGAAGCGGAGAAAGCGUUCAGAUAUAUGACAACCGGUAAACACAUGGGAAAGAUUGUCAUCAAAACAAGAGAUGAAGAGACAGAUAGAAAACCAUUAACUCUUAUCAAUCCUUCGGUCACUUUGAAAGUGACUUCGAAAACAUAUUUCAAUCCAAACAAGACUUAUAUAAUAACCGGAGGUUUGGGUGGAUUUGGUCUGGAAUUAGUCCAUUGGAUGCUCUUCUUAGGCGCGCGAAAGUUUGUCUUAACGUCGAGAUAUGGUGUGAAACAGGAUUACCAGAAGUAUGUAUUGAAUCGCAUUUCAUCAAUGGGUGGGAACUUCAAAAUGUUUGAGACAGAGNUAACGUCGAGAUAUGGUGUGAAACAGGAUUACCAGAAGUAUGUAUUGAAUCGCAUUUCAUCAAUGGGUGGGAACUUCAAAAUGUUUGAGACAGAGAUUGUUGUCUCCACUCAUGACACCAACACAUUGGAUGGCAGUCGACAACUGAUGGCCGCGGCCAACAAAUUAGGUCCAAUCGGCGGUGUCUUUCAUUUGGCUCUCGUCCUCAAUGACUGUCUUCUUGAGAAUCAAACGUACGAUAAAUUCCAGGAAACCAUUAAUUCAAAAGUUACAACCUUUAAGAAUUUGGAUCAAAUGACUCGAGAAAUGGCCACAGAUUUAGACUAUUUUGUGGUCUUUUCAUCUGUAAGUUGUGGUAAAGGAAACGCCGGGCAAUCAAACUAUGGUUUCGCGAACUCUGUUUGCGAACACAUCUGCGAACAAAGACGGGCCACAGGUUUACACGGUUUGGCCAUUCAAUGGGGACCUAUCGGUGACGUCGGAGUUAACCGGCUUUGUCUACAGCAGUUGAGAAACCGGCCUUAA